AUGGAGAGGACAUUGCUGCAUUCCUUAGAAUUAGAGAUCAACGUUAUCUCCGCUGAGGACCUUCGCCUCCGUCACCGGUCUAUCAAGAAAAACGCCUUCGUCGUUGUCAGAACCGACUCCCACAACUAUCGCUCCACCAGAGUGGACACAGAAGGCGGCAGUUACCCCUACUGGAACGAGAAGCUCAACCUCGCAUUGCCCAACUCCGCCAAGUUUAUAACGGUGGAGGUGCAAUGCAAGACUGCUUCCGGCCGGGCCAGGUCGGUGGGAACCGCCAGCAUUCCCGUCUCAGAUUUUAUCGGUGAUUAUACGCCUGCUUACUACUUGCACUUCCUAAGUUAUCGGUUGAGGGAGCAGAAUGGCGAACGUAACGGUAUUGUCAAUCUAUCUAUUAGGACGCUGGUGCCACCAGCUGCAGGAUAUGUACAUCGGUCGAUGAUGCCCCAGUUUGUAGGGUUUAAUGUCGCUGAGAAGAACUCCGGUGGGUUUGCUAUUAUGGGGAUUCCGAUGUCCUCCGGUUAUAGCAUGUAGUUGGGAUGGAUUUGUGUUAAUUUGUUCGACCAGCGCUAGGAAACACAGAGAAACUGGACUACCUAAGACUACCCAAAAGAACAAGAUUUUUAUUUAUUUAUUUUUAUGUGAUUCAAACACAAAAUUAAACCAUUCUUUCCCUUAUUAAUUUCUUGUUUGUAUAAAUUAUUCAUUUUGUAAGUGCAUGGCGAUAA